AUGGACAACAAUAGUACAUCUGAAACAUCGAACAUUCCAAAAAGCUCGUCGACAUUAGCACAACCACGUAAAAAUCCAGUCUUUGUUACCCUACAAAAGAUUGGAACCGGAUUUACUUUCGUCAGACCGUCAGCUGCAACAGCAUCACAAAUACCGCAAAGAACUAAACAUAUCUCGUCAACAUCACUGCUGACGACAAAUAAAGUGGCACUAGCGAAUCCAGGUAAAACCUUAAGACCACAAACGCCAGUUUCAGCAAGUCCAUAUGACAACAAUGUGCAACAUUACAACACCACUAUUCAACAAAAAAAACAACAACCGAUAAAUCAAAUUGAUACAGUUAUUCCUACGAUCUCAAUCACCACUAAGAAAGCCCUUAAUAGACCGAACAAUAGCCGAAAACCCUCUAUUGCAGCUUCAUCUAUAACCAUUUCAAAGCAAAAAUCCAUCAAAAAAACCUGUAAGUACCGAGACUCUCUUAAUAAUAUCAACACUAAGUUGAGAAGUGUUUGAAGCUCCCGAAUCCUCAUUCAUUCAUUCUAUUCAUAGCCAGCGAAAGGCAGCCGAAGAUAU